UAUGUGGUUCACCCAUUCGUAAUUAUUCAAUAUACUUUAUACCAUUUAAAAAUACCACAGUGAGUAACAUCAAAUGAACAAAAUUGAUGCCUUGUUUUUUUUCCCGACCGACUUGAAGCUCUCGGCGUUGGGACGCUCGGGGUAGAUUGAUGUGAGAGUAGUCAGGAUCAGCAUUUACUUGAGGUGAAUUGGCCAGAUGAUAUAGAAAAACCCGAGAAGCAGCUUUGGAUUUGGACUGGCUGAAAAACCUAACUGGUAAUGAUGAGGAUUCAGGGGGCGUAAUGUGAGGAAUUGAGAUCAUCUAUAUUAAUGUAAUCGCUUGGGUUCGGGAAACCUUCGGAGCGAGUAACUUGAUCUUUCUUUUGAAUGUACUACCGAAGAUCUGUGAGACACUGACUGGAAUUUAUUGCCGAUUCCAAAUUCAGAGCCAAUCAUGCUGCUGGGUCUGGACUCACACCUAAUGGCAGAUUUCCUCCCCUAGGGGCAUCAGUGAACAGGAUUCUUUUUACAAUCCAGUACUGUAGUCAGGAGAUUUUGAUUCUUAAUAGUUAGUUGCUCUUUAAUUUUGAAACCGUGGAUUGCUGAAUUUAAUUUCCAUCACGGCCGCGGGGGGAUUUGAAUUUCUAAAAGAGUCUCUUGACAAAGAAGGGCACACAGACUGUAGGUAAAUUAACAGGGUUAAAUAGCGAGAACGUUGUAGCUCUUUUAACUUGCUCGGCUGAAGGCAAAACCGCUAAAGUGUGCUGUGGCAGCAGAGUGUUUGAAUUGGGACACACCAGCCAAGGUGCUGGGGGUGACCCCGGACGCCCGGAGUGGUCGUCUGUCGGGACUGGCUCCUACUUCCUGUUCCGCGGGUGAGGAGCGGCAGCGGCGGCGGCUUCUGCUUGGAAUGGCAUCGAGGAGAAGGGGGCUGGUGCACACCGCAAGCCCGGGGCCAUCCAGCCUACUGCAGGCGGCUGCUGAAAAGGCAGAGGAGACCCGGGAGGGCGGCGCGGCCUGCACCGAGCAACGUCCCGCUGGCCUGUCGCACCCUGGCAGGCUUCUGUGGGACUUCUUCGACCGGCCCUGCGUGGCUUUGGCCCGGCAGUUCCUGGGGCAGGUGAUGGUGCGCAAGCUGGCCGACGGCACCGAGCUGAGGGGCAGGAUCGUGGAGACCGAAGCUUACCUGGGCGGGGAGGAUGAGGCCUCGCACUCCCGCGGCGGCAGGCGGAGCCUCAGGAAUGAGGCGAUGUUCAUGAGCCCGGGCACGCUGUACGUUUACCAGAUCUACGGCGUUUACUUCUGCCUCAACGUGUCGAGCCAGGGCGAUGGAGCAGCCGUGCUGGUGCGCUCGCUGGAGCCUCUGCAAGGGCUGGACGCAAUGAGGGGGCUCCGCGGCCAGCGGAGGAGGGCAGGGGGCAAACCCCUCAAAGACCACCAGCUGUGUAACGGCCCCUCCAAACUGUGCCAAGCGCUGGACAUCACCAAGAGCUUCAACAAGGAGCACUUAGCCACGGACACGGGUCUCUGGAUGGAACGAGGUCCCGCAGCCAUUGUCGGAGCUGAUAUAAUCUCCACGAGCCGAAUUGGUAUAGGGUAUGCAGGGGAGUGGGUUAGCAAACCUCUCCGGUUUUACAUCAAAGGCAACAAGUGUGUCAGCGUUAUAGAUAGGAAAGCAGAGACGUUGAACGACUGAUCGUGCUGGGGUUGUGUCCAUAAAAUCUCAUCCUUUUCGAUGCCCUCGUUAUACUGUUAGUGGUUCUGUAAUGUAAUUUUGUGUGUGACAUUCCAGGAAUUGAAGUGUUCUGAUUCCGUCCUUAUAAUGGCCAUAUUGAAAUAGCGCAUAGCUUGACAAAAAAGAAAGGAAACACAAUUUUAAAUCUCUGAAGUAAUGUAAAACGAUUAUUUACUAAAAUACAAGAAAAUCAGUAUUAAGGUGUAAUAGAUGUAAGAUGGUCUCAGCGUUUUAAAAUUGCACAGGUACAGGUAGAUAAGUACCUUAAGUACACCAUAAACAUGUUUGUAUAAUGUACAUUUCAAUUAACUGUUCACAAUAAAUUUUUUAUAUUUGUUAUAGUAGGUUAUAAAUACCAUAUAAUACAGAAACCAAUCAGUCAUUGGGUCCGGACCAGCUGUUUAUCUAACAUUUAACAAAAAUCCCACAGCUCUGGUCCUCCACAAAACAUAGCGUUCUCCUUGGUUUAUAGACACAAUUCCAUUUGAGAUGUGUGCUUUUGCCUAAAGAUGAGUGAUUGUAAUCUAUGUCAUUAUACAUAUUCCUCCCAAUUUUUCUCCUCAUUCCCUGUGUGGUAAUUUUUAACAUUUUAGUUGCUGACUUCUCCAAAUGAGAAACAUUUCCUCCCUCACUAUCAAAAUACUUAAUCAUUUUAAACAUUUCUCAGUUUAUCAGUUCCAGUAUCUCAACUCUCUUCACAUAAUUAGAACCAUCCACAUCUAGAGAUAUCCUAUACAUAUAUGCCACGGACAACGUAUCCAAAAGAGGUAGAGGAACAUAGGGUUCAGAGGCACAGAUACAUUGUGUUAAUGGUGUAUUGUAAUAUGACACAUCCUACGACUUGGACCGUAAGACAGAGAAGCAGAAUUGGGACAUUCGGCUCAUUGAGUCUGCUUCACCAUUCCUCAUGGCUGCUCUAUUAUUCUUCUCAACCCCAUUCUCCUGCUUCUUCCUGUAACAUUUACGCCUUGAUGAAUCAAGAAUCUAUCAUCCUCAGCUUUAAAUAUACACAAUGACUUGUCUCCACAGCCAUCUGUGGCAAUGAAUUCCACAAAUUCAGUAACAUUUGACCAAACAAAUUCAUCUUAGUGUUUGUGCUAAAUGGAGGUCCCUCUAGUCUGAGGCCAUGCCCCUUGAUCCUUGACUCACUCACUAUAGGAAAUAUCCUCUCCACUUCCACUUUAUUUCUGGCUUUACAAUAUUCAAUAGGUUUCAAUAAGAUCCCCUCUCAGUCUUCUAAAUGCCAGUGUGUACAGGCUCUGAGCCAUCAAAUGCUCCUCAUACAUUAACCAUUUCAUCCCUGGAAUAAUUCUCUUGAACCUCCUCCUGAACCUAUCCAAUUCCAGCACACAUUUUCUUAAAUAAGGGGCCCAAAAGUGCUCAUAAUAUUUAAAGUGUAGUCUGACCAAUGCCUUAUAAAGCCUCAGUAUUACAUUGUUGCUCUUAUAUUCUAGUCUUCUCAAAAUGAAUGCUAACAUUCCAUUUGCCUUCCUUAGCACCAACUCAAUCUGCAAGUUAAUCUUUAGGGAAUCCUACACAAGAACUCCCAUGUCCCUUUCACCUCUAAUUUUUGAAUUUUCUCCCUGUUUAGAAAAUAGUCUACACCUUUAUUGCAUGCACCAUGACCACGCACUUCACUACACUAUAUUCCAUCUGCCACUUCUUUGCCCAUUCUCCCAAUCUGUAAUGUCCUUCUGCAAACUCUCUGCUUAUUCAACACUACCUACCCCUCCACCUAUCUUUGUGUCACCCAAAAAGCCAUCAAUUCUGUCAUCCAAAUCAUUGACAUAUAACUUGUCCUGACACUGCAGUCCUGACACUGACCCUUGUAAGACACCACCAAUUACUAAUAGCUAGUAUCUUCCCUGUAACAUCAUGAGCUCUUAUCUUGUUAAGCUGCCAAAGGCCUUCUGAAAAUCCAAGUAAACAAGAUUACUGACUCUCCUUUGUUUAUCCUGCCUGUUAUUUCCUCAAAGAAUUCAACAGACAAGGAUUCCCCUAAAGCGGGGGUCGGCAACCCGCGGCUCCAGAGCCACAUGUGGCUCUUUUACGUCUGUGCUGCGGCUCCCUGUUGCUUUGGGAAAUAAUUGGUUGUGGCGACCCUUUUCCUGGCACAUCCGAACCGACUCACAAAUUAGAUAGCCUACGGGGGUUUGCGAGCACAGAGCUUUGGAGCCUCUGCGCCAUGGGGGGCAGGUUGAGGGAGGCUUAAAAGUGAGGCUGAAGAUUUCGAAUAAAGUUUUUUCCUUCGACUGCA